ACGUCAUCCCAAAACAACAAAGAUGGCGGCGCGCAUCAGCAGCGUGAGUCGCGAGCUCAUGGUCGUUACUGAACGGAGGUCGUCGCUAUUGAGGGGCUGUAACGUCGUCCUUGUAAACUCGAGAAGAUUUAUACGAGGUCUUAGGCGGAGACCUGUAGCGGUCCUUUAUCCCGGGGAUAAACACGAGACUCUUAUUAAACCACCAGAGCAAAACAAGCAGCGUGAACAUGACCCCAAGGCUCAGAAGAAGCGUCCUGACAAAACAGAUGCACAAAGGCUUAAAGGAAAAGCCACUGACUCAGGAGUGGGGAAGUCUAGUGGAAAUCCUCCCAGGGUGGUAGUGAGGAACCAAAGUGUGAGGGAGCAGCUGGACGGCCUGCGGUUCGAUAAAGCUCUUCCUGGAGACAAGAGACUUGCGAAGAUGGUGAGCAUCGCCCGCUCCAGGGCAUUUCGAGAGCAGGAGGGCAAAGUGCUGCUGGAGGGCAAGCGUCUGAUCUGCGACGCCAUGGCUGCUGGAGCGUCUCCUCAGAUGUUGUUCUUCAGCAGAGUAGAGCGCCUCAGAGAGCUUCCACUGGACAAACUGGGCCAGGCAUCUUUGGUCAAAGUCAAAUUUGAGGAGCUCAGAGUCUGGUCUGAUCUGGUCGCUCCACAGGGGAUUAUCGCCAUAUUCUCAAAACCAGAUGAAUCCCGGCUUACGUUCCCCAAAGAUCUUCGUCUCCAGUCCGUCCCGCUGUUCCUGAUCUGUGACGAGGUGCGAGAGCCGGGAAACCUGGGCACCAUUCUGCGCUGUGCCGCUGCAGCCGGCUGCGAUCGCGUCCUCCUCACUCGAGGCUGUGUGGACCCAUGGGAGCCCAAAGUUCUGCGUGCUGCGAUGGGAGCCCAUUUCCGUUUACCCAUAGUCUCUGGUUUGGACUGGGACACUGUUUUAGAACACUUACCGGAGCCAGUGACUGUCCACGUCGCGGACGAAGGAAGUGGGAACGUGAGGAGACGUGAGACAGAGGUUCAACAGCUGGGUGAGACUUGCAGUAAUGCUGUGUCAGAGGGGUACACAGAGUCAGACUGUGAUGAAUCUGAUGAGGAGACGUCUCCUCCACGUGUGGAGCAGAAGGUGUAUCAUGAGAACUGGGCACAAAGAAACACCGCUCUAGUGAUUAGCGGCGAGACACAUGGACCGAGCACAGAGGCUCUCCAGCUGGCCGAGGAAACGGACGGACAUAAACUCGUCGUUCCUCUGGCUAAAGGAGUCGAGUGUCUGAAUUCAGCCAUGAUGGCUAGCAUCCUGUUAUUUGAAGGGCGAAGGCAGUUGAUGAAAUUUGUGCAGAAAUCAAGAAGAGGAAAAUCUUUUAUCCACUGAUCAGCACUUCUCUAAUGUUAAAGGUUGUCUCUGACA